AUGAAUCUCUAUGUUCGGUCUCUUCGGGAGCUCAACGAGCGCCUAUCUCAUCCUGACAAAUCUUCGGCCGGUCACACUGUCCUCUCAAUAGCAAUCCUCACGUUUUGCGAAUAUCUCACCGCAACCACCGGUACUGCAUGGGUCCAGCAUAUGCUGGGAAUGACGGAAUUCUUCCGACUCCAGGGCUUUGAAAUCUUCAAACAGCCAUACACCAUGUGGGCGUUCCAGACCGAUCGAUUUUCCAUGAUUCUUGCUGCCAUCGCGGCCCGUUGUCCGACUUGUCUCGCCACAGAAGAGUGGAAGACUAUUCCCUGGACUUUCUCCCAAACACCAAAGAAUCCGGUAGGGUAUCUGAUUGACCUCGCUUCCGAGCUUCCUGCCAUGUAUACGAAGUUCAUUUGUUACCUGAAAACAACAGAGGCGAGCGCAAAGGCUGGACUAAACCUCGGUCUCGAGAGGGAUUUUGCCGACCUUCUCCAACGUAUACGAGACUGGUACAUCAAGUGGGAGUGUGAGGUCAAGCCUCAAGUUGAAGAGGUCGCUCUGUCGCAAAACGAACAGCAGAAGUUUGGCCUUGCAUCCAAAUUAGUCUUUGACAACACGACCGACAUCGCCUACACAUUUGCCAUGUACCAGACCACGGUGAUCAUACUUUUGGAGCUUUGGAAGACGCUUCGAAAGGUGCAAAUAACACUUCCAACAAAGCAUAGUGCUGUUCGUGACGGGGACCUUAGUCGGCUACCAGACCUUCCGGCUGACGAAUUCACAAGCCGCCAGGAUGACGAACUCUCCGGAACGUCCAACUCAGCUCUAGUAUGUCAAGCCCGAAAAGCAGCUCUCGAUAUCUGUCGGAUACUACCAGUCUAUUUGAUGCCAUCGGGCUCCUGGGUCCAUGGGAUCCAAAUGGUCAUUCCUAUCCGCAUGGCACUCAUUGUGCUCCGCCAGAAUGGUGGCUGCCCACAAGCAGCGUGGCUGGAAGACUGUAUGCAGCAAAUCGGCGGGGCGCAGCGAGGGUGGGAGAUUGGGAAGUACGCCAUGCAGGUGUAUGGAUACUCAUGA